ACAGUUCUUAACUGAGUAGUCAUUAUGUUUAGAGCAUCUUGAGUGCCUAUUAUUGGAUUAAAAUAAUGACAAUGGCCUUGCCUGAUGUGCUGACUCCACACUCCCCAUUGAUCUGAGAACUCCUGAAGGUUCUUCCCGUCCCACUCUCACGCUGUCCAGUUAGCACAACCCCGCCCCAAUCUUGGGCUUUGAAAUAAUAAUUGCAGAUCAUUGCCAGGUUUCCUCUUACAGUAUUUCUUGUCUGUUUUAAGGAUCUCUUCUUCACACUUCCUUCACCUAUUUUCAGUGCCAGCACCCCUCUUGCCAUCUGCUCCUGUCUUGUGAUCUCUGUUUUGAUACAGUGAUUAGAAGACUUCUAUCAUUUUCUGCAGAUACCUCGAACUCUGUGAAUUCCAGCACGGGUAAAGAAGGCUUUCUUUAACUCUGAUGGGUGACCAAUAUCUUUUCUGGGAAUAGGAUUCCUGGACUGAAGUCUUUUCUCUGAAUUCUCUGUGGAUCCCCAUCCACUGUCCGCUGGCUUCUAGGGUUACAGGUGAACAGUUCCAUGCUACUCUGAUUCUCGCUCAUUUGAGAAACCAAUGAUUCUGCCAAGUCCGAGAUGUUUACCUUUCACGAUGGAGGCAUACAAAUUUCAUGCAAAUUCAGUGAGAUUGCCUUGCAAUUUAAAAUGAAGUUGCUAAAAGGGACGGAAGUACUCUGUGAUCUCACUAAGACAAAAGAAAGUGGUAACACGGUGUCCAUUAAGAAUCUGAAAUUCUGUCAAACUCAGUUAUUCAAUGACAGUGUCUCCUUUUUCCUGUAUAAUUUGGACAAUUCUCAUGCCAGCUAUUACACCUGCGAACUGUCAAUUUUUGAUCCUCCUCCUUUUCAGAAGAAGAAUAUUAGCAGAGAAUAUUUGAAUAUUUAUGAAUCACAGAUUUGCUGCCAGCUGAAGUUCUGGUUACCCAUAGGGUGUUCAGCUUUUGUUGUAGUCUACAUUUUUGGAUGCGUAUUUCUUUGUUGGCUUACAAAAAAGAAGUAUCGAUCCAGUGGGCAUGACCCUAACAGUGAAUACAUGUUUAUGGCAGCAGUGAACACAGCCAAGAAACCUGGCCUCACAGGUGUGACUCAUAAUUUGGAACUUUGUGGCACCCAGGCAUGAACCACGUGGGCCAGGUCCCCUCUGACUUGAAGCGCAAGAUUCCCACGUCCCCUGGACAACAGAGAGUCAGACUUGAUUUGAGUACAUGCAUCUUCUGCUGGUGUUCUGUUCAAUCUGGACUAGUGACUAUCGGUCAACAGGGGUUUUAAAAGGCUGCUUCGGUACUGUUGGGUUAUCAAAAACACCCUCUUGCAACUAGUUUUACAGAAAGCCCAGCUCGUGUGUGCUCAACAAAUAGACCUCACUGGGAUGGAAUUCCUAUCUUUAUAUCUGCUUCUAGCAAUGCACCAGCCAGGAGAACAAACACAUCUCCAGAUAUUUUUAAAAGAUGCCAUGGGUACCGAAUCUGCAAAGCAAAUGGGCCGCCAACGGCCAGUAUCUCUCUGCACUUCACCUAUAGACUACCUCUUCUUCCUCUAGGGCUGAGCAUUCCUUUUUAGCCACACAGUAGGGGAAGGUGCUUCAAAAUUAUAGCUAUUUUAUUUCUGAGGUAUCAACAUGUAAUUGUACUAUUAUAAUAGGUUAGUACACAGUACUCUUUUCCAACAUCUGAACCCCAGUCCUCUAUUCCCAAGAGUUUAGAUGCCUUCUUCUGCCUUCAGUUUUCCUUUUUAAAAUACUCUACAUGACUACUUGACAGGCAUUCUGUUAAAAAACAAUUUUUUGUAAUGUUUAUUCACUCUUGAGAGAAAAAGAGCAUGAGCGUGGAGGGGCAGAGAGAG